GCGUUGCACAAAACAAUUUGCACAUGGUAUAAUGAUUCAUCAUAUGAUGAUCGUUUAAUUACACAUCCGAUAUGACAACAACGCCGUAUUUCUUUAAUUUGACAUUUUGACAAUUUUUGUGUCAUUGUCUUUGUGUCUUGUGUUCUGGUGGUAGUGUCUUGUGUUUUGGUUCUAAGUUCGAAGCAGGAUGUCGUCGAAACGGGUAAAUUAUACCCACAAUGAAAAGAAUAUAUUCCUUUCGGUGGUAGCGAAGUAAGUUUUUAUCAAAUUUGUUCUAGAGAAACCAACACCAAGAAUACACCAAGAGACUUCAACAUUUUACUAUUCCAAUUAAUUUUAUUCACUUUGUACUCGUUACCUCAGUUUUUUCCCAUUUUCCACUAAAAUAAGCUCAAUAUUUUCGACAUUUCAACUCCUUAAUCCUUGUCUCAUCCUUUAGAUAUAAAGAAGUUAUUGAAGAUAAAUGCACCAAGGCGUGGGCGGUGCAGAAAAAGGCAGUUGCGUGAGAAGCAAUUGUAGAAGAAUUUAAUUGCUUGGCUGAAUCAGGUACUAGGUCGGUCAAGCAAUUAAAAAUCUUUUACGAAAAUAUAAAGCGGGAAACUCGUAAAAGGGUGGCUCAGGAACACGUAAGAAUUUUAUAAAAAACACAUGCUACAUUUGACAAAUAUAUAUUUAAGCAAGAGCAAUAUGAAGCCAGAGUAAAGGAGGGCGAAGCGAGGAAGGCCGCUGCUCACGACAAGGUAAUUACAUGACACAAAUUUACAUUACACCACAGUCUUUUUUUUUGUAACAAAUUAUAUUUAUAAAAAUUAUAAAAAAAUUAAUAUUAAUUAAAAGAAAGAAAUAAUGAAGACUGGCGGAGGCAGUUCCACCUUGGAAAUGACCUCCGAACAAGAAAUACUCCUGGCCACAAUACGGGAACAAGUGGAGCCCCUAGAUAAUGCUUAUGACAGUGCGGCUGAAUAUUUCAAUGAUAUCGAAAUAUUUGAGAAGCCGCAAACUCCAAUUCCCGAACUUGCACUCUCUGGACGUUCCACUGACCUUGCCCGCUAUGAACCUUCCUCCAACUUUCCCUGCUCUGCAAACCCAGAACCUUGUCCUAAACCUGUUCCUACCCUGCCAAGACGUAAAAUUUUGAAACCCCGAAAAAAACAAAAAUUAAAUUAUAAAGAUCUAUAUUAUCAGGAAAAAAUUAAAACCGAA